AUGGAAGCAGGGGUGAAUCAUCAUGGGUUUUAUGAAAAUCAUCAUCAUCAUCAGUCUAAUCCUAAUGUGUUUACGACUGGUACUUUUCCAUUUUCACCUCUGACUCCUUAUUCCGGGUCUUUUCCUGGGCAAUUUGAUCCUGUCAUGGGCGAUUGUUCUGCAUCAUCGUCAUCAUCAUUACAGAGCUUCAUGACCACCGCCCCUUUGGAAGGCGGCACGAAUCAGAAUAUGGUGAAUUCAGCGGGGAGAAACAUGGGUUUUGGGCUGUUUAACCAACCCAGUGAAGAGCGGAUGUUGAAUAAUGUACCAUAUGAUGUGGGAUUGUGCGAAAACUUUCUCAAGAUGCAUGUUGGGGAUGAACACAGAGAUUAUUGUAACACAAGUAAAAUUCGGGUUGACCCGCAUGGGUUUUUGGCUGGAUUCAUUGACCCUUUGUCCAAUGGCGUUGGCCCUGUUGCUGGACUAGGAUUUAACAAUCAUCAUCCUGUUCAUGAUCCUUCUUCCAUGGGGUAUAACAACAGGUGGGGACAAGGAUGGGGUGUUGGAGAUUUGAUGGGUCCUUCUUCUUCCCCUUUUCUCCCAAGACGGCAACCCACUGCUCUGUUCAGUGAGAAUCAAAGGGAUUGUUUUAUUAGGCCAGUGAAGGAGCUGGAAAGGGGCUGUUGGACUCAAGGAUUUCAACAGCAGAAGCCUUUGAUGGUGAAUAAUAGUCCUUUUGUUGGCAGUGAGUUUUUGAACUACAUGAACAAUCAACAAUGUAGGAUCCUUGAGAAUGCUGCUGUGAGUUCUCCUCAGCUGACUAAUCCCCUGUUGGAGUUGGAUUUAGCGUACAGACUUCAAAUGCAAAACCAAAAUGGCAGAGCAACCCCAAAUCCUGCUGUGAAUGUAGGUGGACAAGCUUUGCCAAUGAUGGCAAAUACAGGGUUGGUUGAAGGUCUAAAUGGUGAAGGCAGCUUUAUUCUGGAUUCAUCUGGGCAUUGUUCCAAAUGCUUGGCGAAAAUGAAGUCUAAAGGAUCCAAGGUCCAGAAGAAGGGUUCAAGGAUUCGGAAUGUGAUGACAAGGUCUUCUGGGGAUGAUCUGGUUUUUGAUGAUGAGGAUAUCCGAUCUCAAGCAGCUUGUGAAAGUGGUUCAAGGUUUGGUCAAUCGAAACUGAGAGAAAUGUCCACAGGGUGUUCUUCUCUGGGGAUUCCCAUUCCAAUACCUAUGCAGCUCGGUUGUGAAUCGAUGCUAGACUUGAAAGGAUACAUAUACUCAUUGUGCAAGCACCAAGUAGGUUGCCGUUUCUUACAAUUGAUUUUUGAUGAAGGAAGCCAUCAAGAUAUUGAGCUAGUAUUUAAUGAAGUUAUUGAACAUGUUGUUGAGCUCAUGGUUGAUCCAUUUGGUAACUAUCUUAUCCAAAAACUGCUAGAAGUCUGCUCAGAGGAACAAAGAAUUUUGGUUGCGCUUAUGGUGACUAAACAGCAGGGAGACCUCAUCAAGAUUUGUUUGGACUCGCAUGGCACCCGCGUAGUGCAAAAGCUGAUAGAAACCAUCAAAAGCAAGCAGCAUAUUUCAAUGAUUAUUUUGGCCCUCAAACCAGGUCUUCUUGAGCUCAUGAAUGACCUAAAUGGGAAUCAUGUUGUGCAGAGAUGUCUACAAUGCCUGGGAAAUGAUCAUAACAAGCACAUAUAUGACACUGCUGCGAAGUUCAGUGUGGAUAUUGCUACCCAUCAGCAUGGGUGUUGUGUUCUGAAUCGCUGUAUUGCUUAUUCAAGUGGGAAGUAUCGAGAAAAGUUGGUUUCAAGCGUUUGUGCUAAUGGACUUCUCCUUGCGCAAGAUGCCUUUGGAAAUUAUGUCAUCCAGUACAUUAUAGAGCUAAAGAUUCCUGCAGCAGCUGCCACCUUGCUUUCUCAGUUCCAGGGUCACUUUGCGUAUUUAUCUAUGCAAAAGUUUAGCAGCCAUGUGGUGGAGAAGUGCCUCCGAUUUAUUGAAGACAGCCACCCAAAGAUUAUUCAAGAUUUAAUUUCUGUACCUCAGUUUGACCAGUUGCUGCAGGAUCGGUUUGCAAAUUAUGUCAUUCAGUCGGCACUAGAAAUUACCAAGGGAUCUUUGCGUGCUUUGUUAGUUGAAGCAAUUCGUCCCCAUGAAGGUCUGCGCACCAGUCCAUAUUGCAAGAAGAUAUUCUCACGAAAUCUUCUAAAGAAAUGA